CUCCACCCAUUAUCGUAAUCUUUUUUCAUUCAACAUUCUCAGCUAUCCAUUUCAGGCCUCGGCUUCUACUAAAAAAGGCUGCUCUCUCUCUCUCUCUCUCUCUCUCUCUCUACCCAGUUCUUCAUUCGAUAAAAGGUCAAAAUCCCAUAUCUCAAAAAGCUUUCUUUCACCUCUAAUGGCGUCUUUCAGCGUUUCUUGAUACGAAGCUUGAAGCAAAACUUGAUCUCUAAGAGAAGAAGAGGAAAAUGGGAAGUAAAUGGAGGAAAGCAAAGCUUGCUCUUGGGCUUAACACUUGUCUCUAUGCUCCCCAAACUUCAGAGGACUCUUCCCCAUCCAACGGCGUCGUUGCGACGAGGCUAUCCGACGCCGCUUUGCCAACCCCACCUGCGCUUUCUCCGACUGAUCAUGGCUCCGAUUACCGACCCACCACCCCAACCCCUUCGUCUUCUGGGCUUCGCUUGUCCAAAAGUGGAACUAAGGCCUCAAAGAGGACCUGUGCAAUAUGUCUGGCCACCAUGAAACCUGGGCAGGGCCAUGCCAUUUUCACUGCAGAAUGUUCACAUUCAUUUCACUUCCACUGCAUUACCUCAAAUGUAAAACACGGGAACCAAAUUUGUCCAGUUUGCAGGGCUAAAUGGAAAGAAGUGCCCUUUCAGAACCCUUCUUCUAAUCUUUCCAAUGGACCUUCUAGAAUUAACCCAGCUCCCUGGCCCCAAGAUGAUCCAUGGAUGACUGUUGUACGACGUCUUCCUUCCCCAAGGAUGGAGUCAAACCGGCAGAUUACAUCACUGUUCCAUGCCCCUGAGCCAGUCAUUUUUGACGAUGAUGAAGCAUUAGAUCAACAACCUGAGAGUAAUGACAGAAUAACAUCUAAUGUAGAUGUUGCUAAUAACAACCAAAUUCAUACUGUAGAAGUCAAGACAUAUCCUGAGGUUUUAGCUGUUCCAAGAUUAUCCUCUCACAAUAACUUCACUGUGUUGAUCCACCUUGAGGCUCCUCUUAUUGCAAGCCAGAAUAGCAGCAAUCCAAUGGAAAUGCCUCCAACAUCUCAAGAUCCUCGUGCUCCAGUUGACCUUGUCACAGUGCUUGAUGUUAGUGGUAGCAUGGCUGGAACCAAGCUUGCUUUGUUAAAACGAGCUAUGGGCUUUGUUGUGCAGAACCUUGGUCCCUCUGACCGGCUUUCUGUCAUUGCCUUCUCCUCCACAGCUCGUCGUCUCUUUCCUCUUCGUCGUAUGACUGAAAGUGGAAGGCAGCAGGCACUACAAGCUGUUAAUUCCUUAAUUUCAAAUGGUGGGACGAAUAUUGCUGAAGGCCUCAGAAAAGGUGCCAAAGUGCUUGUAGAUCGCAAGUGUAAGAACCCAGUUUGCAGUAUUAUCCUACUCUCUGAUGGCCAGGAUACAUAUACUGUCAGUGGGCCCAUUGGGAACAAUCAGCGGACGAACUAUCAGUCUCUUCUUCCCAUCUCAAUUCAUCGAAACAAUGGUGCUGGCUUGCAGAUUCCAGUUCAUGCAUUUGGAUUUGGUGCAGAUCAUGAUGCUUCAUCUAUGCACACCAUCUCUGAGAAUUCCGGAGGAACAUUUUCAUUCAUAGAGGCUGAGAGUGUGAUUCAGGAUGCAUUUGCACAAUGCAUUGGGGGGCUGCUGAGUGUGGUAGUACAAGAGCUUCAGGUUGAAGUUGAAUGUGUUCAUCCUCAUUCCCAAUUAAGUUCGAUAAAAGCUGGUAGUUAUCGGACAACAAUAAUGGCUGAUGCAAGAACUGGUUCCAUCAGAGUUGGAGACUUGUAUGCUGAAGAAGAAAGGGAUUUUCUAGUGACACUUAAUGUUCCAGUUGAUGAAUAUACUUCUGAGACUUCACUGCUUACUGUAAGGUGUAUUUACAAAGAUUCCAUCACCAAAGAAAUGGUUUUGCAAGAAGCUAAUAACUUAAAAAUCCAAAGGCCUGAAGUGGCCAGACAACAGGUAGUGUCAAUUGAAGUAGACAGGCAGAGGAACAGGCUUCGAGCUGCAGAGGCAAUGGCUGAGGCUAGAGCUGCAGCUGAAAAUGGUGAUUUGGCUGGUGCGGUCUCUGUCCUUGAGAGUUGCCGUAGGGCGUUAUCUGAAACUGCCUCCAUGCAAACUGGUGACCGGUUAUGCAUGGCACUUUGUGCAGAACUAAAGGAGAUGCAAGAAAGAAUGGCAAAUCGUCGUGUGUAUGAGGAAUCUGGACGAGCCUAUGUGCUAUCAGGAUUGAGCUCACACUCAUGGCAAAGGGCAACCGCAAGAGGUGAUUCAACAGACAGCACAAGCCUUGUUCAGAGUUACCAAACUCCAUCUAUGGUGGACAUGGUAAAUCGGUCUCAGACCAUGGUUUUUGGGAACCCUCCUCAGAGAAGCCUCCAGCCUACUCAAUCAUUUCCAGGUCGAACACGGCCAAGGUAAAAUUAAAUCACCAAAGAAGCUGUCUUUUGAAAGAUCUACGAUCCUCAAUUCAAAUAUAUUUUCUAUAUAAAUAUAGAUGGACCAUUUAGUUUCCUUGUUAAAUUUUCCUUGUGGUUUUUGGAAAGUGGGGGUAUAACAGGAGAGAUAGAGGGAGUUUUGGUAUAUUUUCUUUGUUUUGGUAAUGUAUAUGAAUAAGAAAUUGUGGGAAAACAAAGGUGAGAUAAUUGGGUUCUGGUAACAACAAUUGUGCAAAAGGAAGGAGAUGGAGCAGGGGCUUACAAAAGUGUUAUUUUGGAUUCUGUACAUAAAGCAAGUUUUUUUUUUCUUGGUAUUGUUAUUUAUUUUUUAAAAUAUUAUUAUUAUUUCUUUGAGAAGAGGGGGUAUAGCAUUGUAAUCGUAGGGAUACUGGAGGUGAAGUUUUUUUCACUUUUAUAUAUGUGAUGACAUACAUACUCCUGAUUCUGUUUUUCGCUAA